AUGACUGUUGAAACUCAACCAAUAUCUCCAACUCAAAUCCAAAUGAUCAAGGAUUCUGUUCCUAUUCUUGAUCAUGUACAUGUCCAAUUAGCAGAAAAAUUCUAUAAAAGAUUAUUUAAAAGAUACCCUGAAUUCAAGGUUUAUUUCAAUACUACUAAUCAAAAAUUACUUAGACAACCAAGAAUCUUGAUCCAUACUCUUAUUAAAGUUGCAGAAAAUAUUGAUAAUUUGUCUGGAAUUCAAGAAGAAUUUGAAAGAAUAGCUUCUAAACAUGUUGGUUUACAAGUUAGACCAGAUCAUUAUCCAAAAUUUGGUGAUGUGUUAAUUGAUACCAUCUGUGAUUUAUUCCCAAGAGAAAUGGUUGAUGAUGAGUUUAGAGAAGCUUGGCAAAUGGCUUAUGAUAAAAUGGCAAGUAUUUUGAUUGGUUUGGAAUCAGAUGAAUAUUCCACAAAAGCUUGGUUUGGAUUCAAAGAAUUUCGUGUUACUAAAUUACAAAGAGAAUGUAUUGAAUCUAUAUCUUUUUAUAUUACUCCAGUUGAUGGCAAACAAAUCCCAAAACCAAAACGUGGGCAAUAUUUAUGUAUGAGAUGGCAAUUACCAGGACAUGAAAAUGAAAUAUCUAGAGUUUAUUCCAUAUCUGAAUAUCCAAAGGGUAAUGAAUAUAGAUUUACUGUGAGAUAUAUUCCUGGGGGUCAAAUUUCUGGUCAUAUUCAUAGUAAUUUGAAAAUUGGAGAUAUUGUUCAUGUGGCGCCACCAUGUGGUAGUUGUUAUUAUGAAAAGAGUCUGAAAGAUUUGGUCAUGUUGGCUGGAGGUAAUGGAAUUACUGCAUUACUUUCAAUGAUUGAAGCAGGUUUAGAAGAUGGAAGAAAUGUUAAAUUGUUAUAUUCCAAUAGAUCCCCAGAUUCAAGAUCAUUUGGCCCAAUGUUGAGGGAAUAUAAACGAAUUUAUCCUGAUCAAUUACAAAUUGUUGAGUUUAUUUCUCGUGCUCGUUAUAUUGAUCCUAUUGAUCAAUACAAUAAUAGAUCCUUGACUCUUGAAGAUUUGGACUUCAUUACUCCAGAACAUGAUGUUUAUCUUAUUGGCCCAAGAUCAUAUAUGAAAAUGGUUGAAGAUUAUUUAACUGAAAGAAAUGUCAAAGUUAAAUUGGAUUAUUUUGGACCUCAAGAAAUUUGA